ACCGGAAUGACGGUGUACACGCCUCUGUGCUUCAGAGGAAAGAAGAUCCUGGCUCCCAUGGUGCGAGUGGGAACGUUACCCAUGCGUCUUCUGGCUCUGGACUACGGUGCUGAUAUCGUGUACUGCGAGGAGCUAAUUGACAUAAAGAUGCUACAGUGUAAGAGGGUUGUAAAUGAAAUACUAGACACAGUGGACUUCGUUGCGCCUAAUGACAGAGUUGUUUUCAGAACCUGUGAAAGGGAGAGGCACCAUGUUGUCUUUCAAAUGGGGUCAGCAGAUGCUGAAAGAGCCCUGGCAGUAGCUAAACUUGUAGAAAGUGAUGUAGCUGGUAUUGAUAUCAACAUGGGAUGCCCAAAAGAAUACUCUACUAAGGGAGGUAUGGGAGCAGCACUGCUGUCUGAUCCUGACAAAAUAGAGUCUAUACUGACUACCCUUGUUAAAGGAAUUUGUAAACCAGUAACCUGCAAAAUCCGCAUUUUGCCCUCAGUUGAGGAUACAGUGAAUCUGGUAAAGAGAAUAGAAAGGACUGGUAUUGCUGCCAUUGCAGUCCAUGGAAGGAAGAAGGAGGAGAGGCCUCAGCACCCUGUCCACUGUGAUGUGAUCAAAGCCAUAUCUGAAGCAGUCUCCAUUCCAGUAAUAGCAAAUGGAGGAUCUCAUGACUUCAUCAAAGAAUACACAGACAUUGAGACCUUCCGGAAAGCAACAGCUGCCUCUUCAGUCAUGAUAGCUCGUGCUGCCAUGUGGAACCCAUCUAUCUUCAGAAAAGAGGGUCUUUUUCCUUUGAAGGAAGUCAUGCAAGACUACAUCAAAUAUGCAGUGAGGUAUGAUAAUCACUACACCAACACAAAAUACUGUUUGUGUCAGAUGUUAAGAGAACAGCUGGAAACUACUCAGGGUAAGAAGCUGCAUGCUGCACAGUCCACGCAGGAUAUCUGUGAAGUCUUUGAAAUGGCUGAGUUCUAUGAAGAAACAACAGCUAUUUUUGAAGCAAAGAAAACAUCUUUAGAAACUGAGACACAAGAAGAUGAUGAAGUGGAAGAUCCAGAUGUAAUAAAAAUGGCUGUUAGAUUUGACAAGCGAGAAUAUCCACCACAGAUUACUCCAAAAAUGUAUCUUCUGGAAUGGUGUAGGAAAGAAAAGCAUCCUCAGCCUGUUUAUGAAACUGUUCAGAGACCACUGGAUAGAUUAUUCUGUUCAGUAGUGACUGUAGCUGAGCAAAAGUACAGAUCUUCUCUGUGGGACAAGUCAAAGAAACUAGCAGAGCAGGCUGCAGCUAUUGUCUGUCUGAGAACAUUGGGUGUCCCAGAGGGAAAGCUGUGUGAGGGAGAAAAUCACCUUAUUAAUAAACGCAAGAGGGAAGACCGAGCGUGCUUGAAUAACAGAGACCAUGGAGAAGAUGCUGCUGAGCCUUCCCUUAAAAAAGCUAAUUUUCUUGAGGAAGCUUCAGACAUGAAUGUGCCUAAGAUGCCACGAUAGCAUGGAAAUUGGAGGUUUCCUGCCUAUGCAGUCACAGAUUAGCUCCUGUUUGUAUAUCUUGCUGUUCACAUUUCAUUUGGAUUCUCUCAGAGACGGAUAAAUUCCCCAGUUGUGAAAACUGCCAAUGAGAUGUUUACUGUUCUCCACUCACUGUCCCUAUGGUGCCUUUCAGACAGGAUAAAUCAGCAACUUGAUUUUAAAGAACAUGGAGAAGAUUAUCCCAAAUAAUAAAUUUUUAAAAAAAUCAGGUAUUUUCAAAGCAAUUUUGUCAUUUGUUUUAUUACUUGUUUUCUUUUAAGAGGUUUACAGUGUGUUAGUGAGAGGUGUAUGACUGCAUAAUCCAUAAGCAGAUGGAUUCAUUAUGGAACUAUGUAGAUAAUCAGAAAAAUUAAUACAGGGAAGUAUUAGUAGCCUAUGAAAUAGGGAAGUACGGUUUUGUCAAACAAAUUUCAUGCGUAUCUUGCAAGCUUAAUUUAUACCUGUCAUACAUUGAGAACAAGGUUUUGCAGAGAGGACUUAACAGUUACAACAGUAAGCAUGAAAAUAACAUUUGUCAUUUCUACUACGUUUUACCCCUCAGAAGUAAGACAGUAGAGUUAACUAUUCUUUCCUGGUCUUUUAUACUACACUUGUGCCUUUCCAAUGAGGAUCUGGAGCCAAGCCUUGUAGCCAUAAAUUUGUUGAAUGAAGGCACUUGGAGCUGUUUUGUUCUUUUGAACCUGGAAGCUGUACUAAAUAUCCACAUGUAUAUUGCUUGCAAUAAUGGGCAUCCGAAUAUGACCUUGUAUGUUCUUGAAAUGUGACCUGUCUGCCUCAUUAUUUAGCUGUUAGUGAUACUGGUGGCCUUAAUCGAAGGCACGUGUUCUCUUCUUAAUUUGCCAUCAUCAUGACUUCCUCUUGAAGUAAACUGUAGGUACAUGUUACAAGCCAAGAGAGGAUGCAGGCCCAGUCUGAUUACAUGGUAAUCCAGCUGAACUCAUCUGAUUUAGAUUUUUGAAUUCCCAAAAUAAUGCCUUCAUGGAUUAAGAGAAUUCAGGGGUUUCAGUUAUUAAUGGUUUAUUGAAAUGGUUGUUUGAUUUUCCUCAACAAGGUUGAGGGGUCUUCAGAUUAUCAGCUCUGGUCUGAAAACAAAAUAACAUCAAGCCAUGAUCUCUAAAGUAUUUUGUAUAAGGAACAGGAAUAUAAUUAAUUUCUUUGUAGUUCAUAGUCUUCCUGUAUAAAAUUUUGAGUCUUUUUCCUCAAGUGCCAGCAUUAAACCAUUCUACAAUGGAAGAACAAUAUCUCACCAGAUAAUCUUCAUACUUGUGAAAUUAAAUAGAUGGUUAUUAAUAUUUAAAAUAUGUGCUGAGUAAUUUUUAGUAAAUCUAUACAUUUUAAGUAAUCUUCUUGCUCAUUUUGUACAUUGCACUAAAAGCAGUUAAAUAUACAUAGAUUUGAUACAACUUUGCUGCUAGAAUUUUACUCCUAAGCAGCAAAGGAAUUUGCAGUAUUAAUCAGUUCAGAAGUAGCCACUUUCCUAUUGUGAUUGGUAUCUAAGUGUCAGGAUUGUUUGGAGCCAUCAUGGAAUAACAGAACAAUUAAUUCCUGGGCUUUCAAGUUCUAAUCAUAGAUCAUAGAAUGUUUGAGCUUGGAAGGGACCUCUGGAGAUCAUCUGGUCCAACCCUGUGCUCCAAGCAGGGUCAACUAGAGCAAGUUUCCCAGGACUGUCUUGCUGGGUUUUGUGUAUCUCCAAGGAUUGAGGCUCCAUGGCCUUUCUUGCCAACAUGUUUUGUUGUUUGAUUACCCUUACAGUAAAAAAAAGUUGUUUUUUUUUUCCUUGUUGUAUCUACAAGGAAUAUCCUGUGUUUCAGUCUAUGCCCAUUGUGUCUUGUCCUGCUACUUAGAAGAAUCUGGCUUCAUCUCUUGUCAUGGUUGUCCAUCUUAAGUUAAAAUUGAAUCUUUGAAUAAACCCCAGUUAUUA